UGUCAUCUAAUGACAUUUAGUUGUUUGGCUUUAGCGUUAUAAUUUUAUUUUUGCUCGUACAAAUCUAUAAACAUAACGAUAAUAAUAAUAUGUUUGUAAAAUUAUAACACUUUAAGCGCUUAUAGACAGUUAAUGGAAGAUGAUAGAUGUUAUAUUUUUUAAUUAGGUCAUUCGUUUCUACUAAGUUACUAUAUUGGUUACCGUUGGUGUGUGAAGUGUUUUAUAAAAUCUGAAUAAUAAUUUCAUAAAGGAAAAAGUACGUUGAUAUGGCCGAUAAUGAUGAUUAUUUAGAUUCGAUUGACAACAAUCAUAUAGACGGAGCCAACGGUUCAGUAAAUAUGACCGACAACAGCCUGGGCGGAGAUGAAGCAUCAGGCACUGAGGUUCCGGACCUGGCUGCGAUCAAAGCCAGGGUGAGAGAAAUGGAGGAAGAAGCCGAAAAACUAAAACAAAUGCACACAGAAGUUGACAAACAAAUGAGCUUGGGAAGCCCACCGGGACUUACAAGUCCACUCAAUAUGUCCAUAGAAGAGAAAAUAGAGGUUGACAAUAGAUCAGUAUAUGUUGGUAAUGUUGAUUAUGGAGCUACUGCUGAAGAAUUAGAACAGCACUUUCAUGGUUGUGGAUCUAUUAAUAGGGUUACAAUAUUAUGUAAUAAGUUUGACGGACAUCCUAAAGGUUUCGCUUACAUAGAAUUUGGAGACAAGGACAGUGUACAGACAGCAAUGGCUAUGGAUGAAUCUUUGUUUAGAGGACGUCAAAUAAAGGUGAUGCCAAAACGUACGAAUAAACCAGGUCUAUCAUCAACGAACCGACCGCCACGAGGCAUGCGUGGUCGGGGGCGCUCCUUCCGUGGCGGUGGCGGUGGUGGCUUUUCGCCAUACUUCUCCAGCUACAGGCCCGUGCGCCGCGGCAGACAGAGGCGCAGCUCGUAUUACUCACCGUACUGAGUGCGAUAGAGGGGGAACUGAGCCCCUGUUCGCGAAGUGCGAAAUGUUAAAUGUGGAUGUGUGGGGAUAGUUAAGUAAUAGUGCGAUAUGACUAAAAUACCUCGGGGCUCGUUUAGUGCCGUUCCGCUUUGACAAGUGUGAAGUCAAGACAGGUUUUGAUAAUUGAUAUACCGCAACAGUUGGUGAUGUAUAUCUAAAUCAGUUUUAGUCAUGUACCAAUGCAGAUGACUUUCUGCGCUUAGAUUAAAAUUUACGUGAAUUUUUCUUUGUCAAACUUUUUAUAAUGCUGACUUCUAAUUCAUUUCAUGUUUCGUCUAAUGCCAUGCUGUUAAAAAUUUUAUUUUAAACUUUAAUACAUAGAUUAUGAAAGUUUAAAUAUAAAAAGCCCUAUUGCUAGAUAUAUUAAAAAGAUGUAUUGGCUAAGUAUUUUUAAUACCUAAUUAAAUAAGUAAAAUGUUAAGACAUAUACAUUAAGUAACAUGAUUUUGUAAAACAUAAAAAAAAAGAUAGAAAUUUCGGACAAAUAGUGUCGGACAAUGAAAAAGCUGUUUAGCGUACCUCAAGAUAAUUGAGAAUAUAGUAUAAAAAUUCAAUCAAUCGUCUCAAGAAUUUGGUUCCGUUAUUUUAAGUAUAUGAGGACAUUUAAUUAUAAGCUAUGAAAGUUCCAUAUGCUUUCAAUAUGCCCACCAUAUAAUAUAAACUGUAUUUUUAGGUGAUCAUAUGGUUUAUUCUUUUUUCUGGCUUAAAGUAUCAGUGAUCAACUUUGCAUAAAACACUGUUCUUUGCAAAAAGUAUUUUAACUUCAAAUAUUAUUUAUAUAUUGUCUUGUGAGGAUCAUUUUUUGCUACAAUCGAAGUUAUUUAUUAUAGCAAAAACUGACCCCAAGUUCAUGCAAAAUUAAAUCAACACAGUUUAUUCUCUCAAAACACUCUUAAUUUAAAAUAUAAACUUGUAGUGUAUGAAAAAUGUUCUCAGUACAUUGCUACAUGCUUACAGUUAUUUUUUGCGUUAUGAAUAAUAUUUUGAAGUUAAUUGAAUUCGUUUUAAUGUGUAUUAGUAUUAUUGUGGAAGUAAGAAUAUAUUUUGUUAUAAAAUGUUUAAAGUGGUUUGAUGUGAUAAGCAGUAAUUAGUAUGUAUUCCACACAAACAGUAUUCAUUUUCUAACUAGAUAACAAAAAUAUUAUAAAAUAAAAUGUCCUAUUAUUAUAGAGGCACAAACUUUUUAUAAUUUCAUAAUCUUGCAGCAAAUGUCAUAUAGUUUUACUUACAUCACAUUGAAUUCUAGUUUUUAAAAUCAUUGUUGAACAUGUCAUGUUAUUCUAUGCUACACUUUAGAGUAGUUUAGAGACAUUUAAUGGUUACUUAAGUAGCAAUGAAAUAGGUUGCAAAAUUCAAUACCAGAACUUCCAAGUACUGGUAUGUAAAAAUACCGGGUUUUAAAAUAAUUUGAAAGUAAUUGGCAAAAUGCAGCAAUUGCUCUACUUCGUAAUCAAAAUAGAAAAUACUUGUAUAGGAAAUUGAUCGAUGUUUUAUAAAUAAAUAGUAAAUCGUAUUGCGAACGAAAUACAAUUGUGGUCCUUAUUUUAUCUUAUCGUAAUUAUAUGAGGAUAUGGAUCAAUGUCCACUACAAAUAGUUAUCAAUUCUAAUAUAACCCAGCGCUGCCCAUGCCCGACUAGCAAAUCAUUUCUAGUAUUUCCCGCCCGUUAAAGCUUUGAUUUUAAAACCUGGUAAAAAUCUACUAAGGAAUGCCUGUAACCCCUAAAUGUCUUUGAGUGUGGCUGUUUAUGCAACAAAAAUGUGAGAUAUCUCAUUUCGGUCUUGUCCUGUGUAUAAAGUAUGAAUCUUGUUUAUGAUUUUGUAAAAAAUGAUGUUUAUAAUGAACUUUUAAACAAUUGAUACCACAACAAAAAAUGAGUGCUGUAU